AGUCCCACAUCCGGCCUUGGCUUCAAACACAACCGUCCCAGAGCCAAGGUGCAAUGCCAUACCGUACCGCCCUCCCGGCUCCGCGCCAGCAAUAACCACACCGCGACACGCGUCCCCUCCAACCCCUGGCAUGGCCGACUUGUUCCAAGAAACCUUAAUAACAAGAACCUGGCAGCGGGUGUAUUCCCGCCGCUAGGCUUUCGUCUCUUUUGUUGCUAGUCAAGAGACAAGAUUUUCCCAAAAACGGACAAGCAGACGUAUUUUUUGCAAACUCGGUUUCUUGCACCUGCAGGAACCAGACGAAAGAGAAAAAGCAUUCAUCUAGAAGAAAAGAAACAAAAGAAGAAAAAAAACGGACGCACAGGCAAAAAGAAACCCACAAGCACAAACACACCACACCCAACCAUGUCAGCCCAGAACAAACCCACGAUCCUCAUAACCGGCGCCUCGGGCAUGAUCGGCCCGCUUCUCGCCGCCCGGCUCCUGUCCACCGACACGCACCGCGUGGUGCUCACCGACGUGGUCGCCCCGACCGUGCCGCCGUCGGUCGCGCACCCCGAAAACGCCGUGUGCAUCCAGGCGGACCUGACCAACCCGGCGGCGCUGGAAGCGCUCGUGGCGGCCAGCCAGCCGCUGACCGCCGCGUUCGUCUUCCACGGCAUCAUGUCGGCGGGGUCGGAGGCGGACCCGGCGCUGGCGAUGCGCGUCAACUUUGACGCGACGCGGGCGCUGCUCACGCACCUGGCCUCGACGAACCGCGGGCUGCGCGUGGUCUACGCCAGCUCCAACGCCGUCUACGGCACGCCGCUGCCGGACCUCGUCACGCCCGCGACCACGCCCACGCCGACGGGCACCUACGGCGCCACCAAGUACCUGUGCGAGGUGCUGGUCAACGACAUGACGCGCCGCGGGCUCGUCGACGCCUACAGCGUGCGCUUCCCCACCGUGUCGGUGCGGCCCGGCGCGCCCUCCAACGCCGCCUCGGCUUUCCUGUCCGGCAUCAUCCGCGAGCCCCUGGCCGGCCUGCCCUGCGUCGUGCCCAUCGCCGACCGCGCCUUUCGCGCCACCCUGUGCACGCCGCGCGUCUGCGUCGAGAACCUCGUCCGCGUCCUGGGCUGGCCCGCCGACAAGCUGCCGCCGCACACGCGCGCGCUCAACUUCCCCGGCAUCGUGAGCAGCGUGCAGGAGAUGCUGGAUGCGCUGGUGAGGUAUGGCGGCGAGGACAAGGCCGGGCUGGUCAGCUUUGAGGAGGACGAGGUCAAGGGGAGGUUGUUGAGGAGCUGGGCGUGGAACCUGGAUUAUUCGAGAGAGCUUGGCUUGGGCCUGGUGCAGGAUGAGAAUACCGAUCAGUUGGUGCGGGACAUGGCCUUUAUUGCUCCCGAAAACGCUGUAGAAACUGCUGCUGCUCUCAUCGGUGAAUCGUGA